CAGCGGCGGACGCCCGCCAGAGAGGCGCGCUCUGAGAGGACGCGGCGGUGGUGGCGGCGAGCAAGCGGCAGAGGGACGCGCGCCGGCAACUGGAGGCCGCGGAUAUUAGAAAUGGCUACUCCCCAGUCAGUUUUCAUCUUUGCAAUCUGCAUUUUAAUGAUAACAGAAUUAAUUCUGGCCUCAAAAAGUUACUAUGAUAUCUUAGGUGUGCCAACGUCAGCAUCAGAGCGCCACAUCAAGAAGGCCUUUCACAAGUUGGCCAUGAAGUACCACCCUGACAAAAAUAAGAGCCCUGAUGCUGAAGCAAAAUUCAGAGAGAUUGCAGAAGCAUAUGAAACCCUCUCAGAUGCAAAUCGGAGAAAAGAGUAUGAUACAGUUGGACACAGUGCUUUUACUAAUGGUAAAGGACAAAGAGGCAGUGGAAGUUCUUUUGAGCAAUCAUUUAACUUCAACUUUGAUGACUUAUUUAAAGACUUUGGGUUUUUUGGUCAAAACCAAAACACUGGAUCCAAGAAGCAUUUUGAAAAGCACUUCCAUACUCGCCAGGAUGGUUCCAGUAGACAGAGGCAUCACUUCCAGGGGUUUUCUGUUGGAGGCGGACUGUUCGAUGACAUGUUUGAAGAUAUGGAGAAAAUGUUUUCUUUCAGUGGCUUUGACACUAACAGUCAGCAUACCGUACAGACUGACAAUAGAUUCCAUGGAUCUAGCAAGCACUGCAGGACUGUCACUCAGCGAAGAGGAAACAUGGUCACCACAUACACUGACUGUUCUGGACAGUAGUGUGUUCUUGGCCUGUCCAACUACUUGACUCUUCUUCGGUAAAUUUGAUGGAAAACAUUUUUUGUGUGAACUAUUUUGACAAGUGCAUGAUUUCACUUCUUUGAACAACUUAAUAUAGCCAUUAAAUAUGUUUAGAUUGUUUUCGAUCAACAUUCAUCUAGUUAGAGAAAUCAUAAUUUCUCUGAAUAGUGAAGGUUCUUUUAAAAGAAAAAGGUAUAGACUUACCUGACUUUUUUGUUUUAAUCUAUUUGCCUUUGGGCUUAUCAAUGUGGUCAGUCUUACUACCAAGAAAAGAUUGAAUUUGCCUGAUAAUGUACAAAGACUAAACUUUAAAAAUUACUGUAGAUUUCAGUUUUGUAACCUUGAAUGAAUGUUGCAGUGGAGUCUUUACUCAUUUAAAAUUGCAUGUGCUGCAGCAUCUCUGACUUGGGUCCCUAAAUGUACUUGGUACUGUGUCAUUGAGUCAUUCAGCAAAGGAGAGCAGUAUCGUGGUUAAUUGCCACCGGGCGAUUUAGAAAUCUAACUUUCCAGAAGAGUGAAACCGUUUUUUUUUAAAUUGGCAUUUUCCCUAAGCUGACUCUAGAAAGGCUGUUGUGUGGCUUGAUACUUAAACCCAGGACUACCUCUGUCAGCAGAUGGAGUCGGCUAGAGGAAAGCUUGUAGUCAUUUAGGUUGAAAGUAACUUGAAACCAUGAGCUAUUGCCAAGAGAUAGUUUUGUGUUUGGCUGCCAGCGAAUGGUUUUGUAGUCUUGAAAUCAUAGCCACUUUACACAUCUUUUCAUAUUUCUCUUACUUGCUGACACUCUUAAGUUUUAAGACGGAUUUAUGUGUUUUGUAGUUCCUCCUUGCACUCAUCUGUAUCUAGAUUGACUAAUACCUCAUUCUGUUUGUAAAAACAGCCAGUAAUUUCUGUUCAACCUUAUGUGCAAUAUUUUUAAAUCCUAAGAAAUGUGUGCUUUUGUUUUCAGAUAACUUCCUUCUUUAGUUCUGCACUUUCCCAUGUACUCCGUAAGAGUAUUAAUCCUAUGGAUAUAUUAAAACUAGCAAAUGUCUCAUGCAACAUUGUGUGAGUUAAAAAAUACAAUAUUUACAACUCA